AUGAAGUGGACUCAGUUUACUGUUAUCAUUUUCCUGGCAAUUCAACAAGUAUGUGCAGUUCAAGAGCAGGUUGGAUCACCAUUGAAAAUCGAGGGUGGAGAGGUAUCAGAAGUAGACCUUGUGUUGAAACUAAAUCCACAUCAGCAAUUGCUUAAUAUCCCUCCGAGCACAAAUGGCAAAGAAGAGCCAAAAGAAUAUCUUGGUUCAUACACCACUCUACACGACCACCAUACACCGCUUUCGGACAUGAAGAUGGUCAAAGUGGCAAGAGUAAAGGGCAUUCGAGACGAUGACGAUGAUCAAGGGAGAUUCCUGGAGAAGCGAGGAAACCAAUUUCCAGUGCCAACAAAACCUGCAGUUGCUCCUGAUGUUGUUCCGGCUGGUAACACCAUUUAUCCUGGUAAACAUAUUACGCAUCCUACUGGUGGUGGCGGUGGUAGUAGUAUUGCUCAUUCUGCUGAAUCUGCUGCCCAUUCAGCAACAUCAGCUGCUGCCAAAACGAAGAAGUUCGGUGGCAAAGCUGGAAAGGCAGUGGCAGGAGUUGCAUUGGCUACUGCUGUAGUAGGUGGAAUUGCUGGAAUUGCUGCAAUCAAAAAUCAUCAACAAAAAGGUAAGUAUAUGAAACGUCAAGAAGAAGAAUCUUUCCAAGCUUUGGAGAAAAGGAACAAGAUUCCGAAAGGUAAAGCUGCCGCAUUCUUUGCUGGAGGUGCGGCUGUUGGAGCAGCAGGAUUGCAUUUCUAUCGUGGUUCGAGUAGCCCUCCUGCUGCUGAACCUAAUGCCGCAUCGUCAACACCGCCGCCUGCUAAAUAG